GUCCCUUAGCCCACUUGAUUCUAGCAUCUACCGUGAGCAGACAGCGGCUGACUACAACUCCCGGGGUGCUUUGCGGUUACACCCGGAAGUGAAGCACCCUACGGCGCUGUACAGCUGAGAGCAGCCGGGUGUACCGUCCUGUCACUGGGGAGAUCUCUCAGCCCGCAGCAGCCAUGAACACCACGUUGGCUGUCAAGCAUUACGUCUCCAAGAUGAUAGAGGACAGCGGGCCCGGGAUGAAGGUCCUGCUCAUGGACAAGGAGACGACGAGUGUGGUGAGCAUGGUUUACACGCAGUCUGAGAUCCUGCAGAAAGAGGUCUAUCUGUUUGAACGCAUUGAUUCAGCUCACCGGGAGAGCAUGAAGCAUCUGAAAGCCAUUUGUUUUCUCAGGCCCACCAAGGAGAAUGUAGGUUACCUAAUCAAAGAACUUCGCAGACCCAAAUACAGCGUCUAUUUCCUCUACUUCAGCAACGUGAUCAGCAAGAGCGACGUGAAGUCUCUGGCGGAGGCAGACGAGCAGGAGGUUGUCGCUGAAGUACAGGAGUUCUAUGGAGAUUACAUUGCUGUGAAUCCUCACGUCUUUUCUUUAAACAUUAUGGGCUGCUAUCAGGGUCGGAACUGGGAUCCUACACAGCUGUCCAGAGCAACGCAGGGACUGACCGCGCUGCUGCUCUCCCUGAAGAAAUGCCCCAUGAUACGGUACCAGCUCUCUUCAGACAUGGCGAAGAGGCUAGCUGAGGGAGUCAAGCAAGUCAUCACCAAGGAGUAUGAGCUGUUUGAUUUCCGCCGCACCGAGGUGCCCCCCUUGCUCCUCAUCCUAGACCGUACUGAUGAUGCUAUCACUCCGCUGCUCAACCAGUGGGCUUACCAGGCCAUGGUCCACGAGUUACUGGGCAUCAACAACAAUCGCAUCGACUUGUCCCGGGUACCAGGGAUCAGCAAGGAUCUGAAGGAAGUGGUGCUGUCUGCGGAGAAUGAUGAGUUCUAUGCUAAUAACAUGUAUCUGAAUUUCGGAGAGAUUGGGACCAACAUCAAGAACCUGAUGGAAGAUUUCCAAAAGAAGAAACCCAAAGAACAGCAGAAGCUUGAGUCCAUUGCAGACAUGAAGGCUUUCGUAGAAAACUAUCCUCAGUUCAAGAAGAUGUCUGGCACGGUGUCCAAGCAUGUGACGGUGGUGGGAGAGCUGUCGCGGCUGGUGAGCGAGCGCCACCUUAUGGAAGUGUCUGAGGUGGAGCAGGAGCUGGCCUGCCAGAACGACCACUCCAGCGCCCUGCAGAAUGUGAAGCGUCUCCUGCAGAACCAGCGCCUGUCUGAAUUGGACACCGUGCGUCUGGUCAUGCUGUACGCUCUGCGCUACGAGAGGCACAGCAGCAACGCUCUGCAAAGUCUCCUCGCCGACCUGCGGACUCGGGGAGUGUCUGAAAAGUAUCGCAGGCUGGUGUCUGCGGUGGUGGACUUUGGUGGGAAGAGGAUCCGCAGCAGCGACCUCUUCAGUCCAAAGGAUGCAGUGGCCAUCACCAAGCAGUUCUUCAAGGGCCUCAAGGGGGUGGAAAACGUAUACACGCAACACCAGCCCUUCCUCCUGGACACCCUGGACCAGCUCAUCAAAGGGAAAUUGAAGGACAGUAUGUACCCUUACGUGGGGCCCAGCACGCUCCGUGACAGGCCUCAAGAUAUCAUUGUGUUUAUAGUGGGUGGCGCAACCUAUGAAGAAGCUUUAACUGUGUAUAACAUGAACCGAACAACGCCGGGGGUCCGCAUCGUCCUAGGCGGGACCACUAUGCAUAACACAAAGAGUUUCCUUGAAGAGGUUCAAUCAGCUGGUUUCCACGUGCGCGCUUCAGAAACGUUUCAGGGAACAACACGGCCGUCCGCAAGGCGGUGAGGACAACACCAUGCUGUUCACAUCUGGCUUGCUCAGCCCUCCUACCCAUUGCAAGGGCUCUGUGUCAUGCGGUGCAGGAGAUUCUCAUCCACCACAUAGAGUAUAUAUAUAUUGUACGCGUCUGGCUCCUCUCCCCAGAACUAGACGUUCAAACCAAGAAGACCAGAGGCUUCAGCUGUCAAAACUACUAGUGGACCACUACAUAGAUAAAGGGGGGAGAUGUAUCAAAGGUCGGAGAGAGAGAAAGUACCAGCCAAUCGGCUCCUAGCUGUCAUUUUACAAACACAGCCUGUAAAGUGACAGAGAAGCUGAUUGGUUGGUACUUUAUCUCUAACCAAGCUUUGAUACAUCUCCCCCAAAGUAUGCUGAAGAUGUUUAUUCAAAGGCGGGAGUGCAAGAGACACUGAUGGGUAAUGCAGCUGCAUAGCUACCCCCAGUCCCGAUUUUCUGUGGACGAGGCCUGUUGGGAAUGUGGGUGGCCGUAGUUUAGUCAGAAUGCAGGCGCAACCUAUCUUGUCUUAAUUUUUCCCAAUCCGAAUGAGUUUCCUGUAACGUGGAAUAUAACACUAUAAUUGGGGACUGUGUAAUUAGUCAUAAAUGAACAGUAGGGUUGUCUGUUGACAGAUGUAAAAUGAGUAUGUUGUGUGGCUGCAUUACCAUUAAUACAGAAACAUCGGUGGCUGCGCAGGAACCAUUAACAUGCAUGUACGAUAAAGUGCACCUGUGUGUGUACACAGUGGGGGCAGCCAUUUUGUGGGAAAUUAUUCAUGAGCACUAGUGACUUUGCUGAGACCUGAGGCCCCACAAAAUGGCUGCGUCCAGUGUGGCUGACAUUUAUAUAAAUGACGUGUGUACAGUUGUGAGUGACAUCACUGUACUAUUUAUUUGGGUGACUGUUACUGCUCUGUAUUAUACUGAAUCUCAUUCCCAAUAAUGCUCACCAGGACUGCCCGUUUCUAGUUCCCACGUCCGAUAUAGCCUCCAGCCUUUUGGCCCCGCUAAAAUCUUCUAUGUAGACUCUGUUAUUUGGCUUUCGUUCUUAUAUGAUAUCCAUAAUCCAUUACUUUCCCAUGUGAGAGGGCACAUAACUCUUGUACAUAAGGCCGCCACACAAUUUUGGUGUAGAUAUAAGUUGUCUGUUUUUUCUUUGUUGGCUGUGCUGCUGUAAAUGACGUCUAAAUGUAUUAAUAAAGAACAACUCAUUUUAGAACAGUAA